UCGACUGUUCUUCAAUGGACAACAACUCGAGGAUCAAUAUUCCAUUCAAACUUAUGACCUUUCCCAAGAUGACGUCAUUCAUGUCAUGCUAACAUCCCCAUCAACUACUUCCUCCAACACUGUUCAAUCACUAUCCAAUGACAACAGCAACAUCGACCAUCAUCAUCAAUCAAUCGACCAAGAUGACUAUUACAAGGUGGGCGAUCAUGUCGAUGCAUUCGAACCGGAAACUGGAUCCUGGUUUCCAGCUCGAAUCGUUCGCAUGACAAAAUCCACCACCGACCAAACAGUAAACUAUUGUGUAACAUUUCGAAAACAAUCUCUCGGUUGUGAUCAAAUUCGUCCAUUAAGUCAGAUUCGACCACAACCAUACCGGAUGAUCGAAAAAGACAAAUUACAACCAGGACAAACCGUGAUGGCAUACAUCCAACAUGACCAUCAAUGGUAUGCGGCUGCGGUCGAAACGAUCAAACAUAGCCGUCAAGCGUUUUGUAUGCGUAUCUGGUUAGCGCUUGUCACACAUGGAUCGGAAAUGCCUAUCAUUCGCCAACAGAUCCGAUAUCGUCAUGGCCACAUCUAUCAUCUUGAAUCUAACGUUCCGAUCGCAGAACGAUGUUCGCAAUUAGAUUCGAUAGUCCGUAAUGGUUAUAUCGAACCAGAUUGUGAUCAAUGUGCUGAUGAUGCAGCCAUCCAGCAAUGUUCCAAAUGUGGUUGUCACAUUUGUCGAAUGAAAACUGAUCCAGACAAACAAUUGGUGUGCGAUGAAUGCGAACGUCCAACACAUCUGUGGUGUUUGGCGAAACCAUUAGAUCAAAUUCCUGAUAACGAUGAUGAUUGGUAUUGUGAUGAAUGUCGCAAUGAAACCAGUGAAGAUUUGCUCCAACAACAACAAUCACAUUUGCAACAACGUCAACAAAACAAUCAAACAACAGGAUGGGGUUAUGGAAUGGCUUGUGCUGCCCGUUCCAAACAUCGAAAUCGGGUCGAAUCGCAGACAUUUGGCGCUAUUGCGGGCGUGCCAGUCGGAUCAUGGUGGCGAUUUCGUGUACAAGCAUCCGAGGCUGGUGUUCAUGCACCAUUAGUGGCCGGUAUUCAUGGCAGUCAAUCGUUGGGCGUUUAUUCGUUGGUGUUUGCAGCAAUCAAUCCGCAAGAUGUUGAUCUAGGCGAUGAAAUCUACUAUACUGCCAACAACAGUCGAAACAUUGGACAUUCUUCUGCUGCGGCUGAUGAUAAUCGUCGAUUGGAACGUGACGCAUUGGCAUUGGCAAGAAAUUGUCCGGUUCCAGUGAACGAACAAUAUGGCGCCACUGCUAAUGGUCCUGAUCGAAAUCUAUGGAAACAAGGCCCACCGAUUCGAGUGUUACGAAGUGGAAAUGGCCGUCGCCCGGCAAAACAUGGUCGUCGUUCACGGUUUUUGCCAAAAAUCGGUGUUCGUUAUGACGGCCUUUAUAAAGUAGUUAGUUAUUGGUUUGAAGCAGCCACCAAUGGACAUCGAAUCUGGCGAUUUUUGCUUCGUCGUGACGACGCUCAACCAGCUCCUUGGACCGAUGCUGGUCGCUAUCGGAUGAAAAAACUUGGUCUACAAUUACAGUAUCCACCGGGAUGGUGUCGCUCGAUUGCACAGAAACGAUUCUGGACUAUAGAUUCCGGGAUACGGGCCAAACAAUCGCGAACAAUUUUGUCGAAUCAAAUUCAAUCUGAGGCCGAUCAACCAAUCACAGAAAAGUAUGAUAUACCGAAAUCAUUGAUCAAAUUGAUUGAUAACGACAGCGCUAAUCGACAAGCCUGGGCAAACAUAUUGGCUCAACAAUAUGCAAACCGGGAGCAAUUCCUUACCAUUGUUCGACAAACAUUUCGCUGUGCAUGUUGUAUGGACACUGGUGAUAAUCAAAUGAUGAUUACAACCGAAUGUGGUCACAAUUUUUGUGGUGUUUGUCUUGAACAAUAUCUUCAAACUCAACAACAUUCCCCAACAAACAGCAAACCAGUUUGUCCCGUGUGUCGAUCAGAUUGUUUCAUCACCCAACCAAACUGUCUGUCAAAAGCAAAUACAAUUUUAUCCCAAAUUCAACAAUCAUUGUCUGAAUCUAACUGA